AUGGCUAGCGUGUACAGCUACAGAUCGAGUGGUCUUGAAUUCGAGCUCCGAGUCGAGCCAAAAUAUUUGUUUGAGCCUAUCUAUUACGAUACCUCAAAACGACCAGGUAUUGGAAAGUUGUCAGUAUUCACAUCCUCGUACCAAAGCAGAGCAAAAUCGGAGUUAGCAGCCGCGACUCCAACACAACGUAAUUGGCGUGGGAUUCUCAUCGCCCUGCUAGUUAUCGCAGCAGUUCUCGGCCUGAUAGUCUUCAGCAUAGCACUGCUCACUCCCGCCGGUGAUGACGGAAGGGGUCGGGGAAGAAGACCAACUCUUAGUGACGUGCUCACAGAUCACUAUAAACCGUUUAAUGGAACUUGGUUAACAGACGAAGAACUGGUGUUCAGAGAUCGAUGGGGUGGACUCACCCUCUUUAAUGUGAAGAAUUUCACCACCAGGUUGCUGAUGAACAAUUCCACAUUUAGAGAACUAAAUGCGGUAGACUUCAAAGUAUCUGCAGACUUGAAAUUCGUGCUGCUAAUAUCAGACGUGAGGCCUGGGUGGAGGCACGCGCGUCUCGCUAGGUAUCACGUGUACGACGUGAUCACACGGAAUAAAAUCCCAAUAUCACCGGUAGAAGAUGACAGAUCGGCCCCCUUACUACAGUACGCGGAGUGGGCGCCGACCGGCUCCGGCCUGGUCUUUGUGUACGACAACGACAUAUUCUACAAGCCCAAGGUGUUGAAGACCUUGGUCUGCAGGAUCACAAGCAAUGGAGUACCAGGAGUAAUCUUCAAUGGAGUUCCAGAUUUCCUCUAUGAAACUGAAGUACUGAGACUAGAUCGGGCUAUUUGGUUUAGUCCAGAUGGCCAAAGUUUAAUGUAUGUGACAUACAACGACUCUGCAGUCCAACAGCAUAAAUACCCAUGGUAUGGACUAGACCAGCAGGAGCCGCCGGCGUACCCAAGUAUCAGGACUUUGAGGUAUCCGAAGGUGAAUACUAACAACCCAGUGGUCACAGUGUACGUGGUCAGCAUCAAGACACCCAAGUUUCUAUUCCCGCAUGCGAUACAGUUUAAUACACCAGUAGACAGCACUUGGUACGUCCGUUGGUCCAGCUGGAUCUCAGAGCGGCAGAUAGCGGUGCUACUCCUCAACCGACCACAAAAUGUAUCCAUCAUCAGUAUCUGUAACGCUGUGCAAUAUAAUUGCCAAGAUAUCUACCGGGACGAAUCAGACGGCAGUCGCUGGUCAGGCCUGGGUUCUGAUCCUGUAGAGGACGACUGCGGAUGGUGCGGGGGAGGGGCCCUCGUGGGGGGUCGCAGUGGGGUCUUCACCACUGCACCCAUCACAGACCAGGGUGGUAUUUGGAGACAUGCUGUUCAUCUCACUCAGGAUACGAGAACUACCAUUACACAAGGGAACUUCGAAAUAACUCAGCUAGUUGGGUGGGAUGAGAGGAGACGGCUUUUAUACGUAAUAGGGACGGCUCCUGAGAAAGCGGGGGAGAGACAUGUGUACCGCGUAGCCGUUCCUGUGGAUGGGUGGCCGCCACCGCCCUCGUGCCUCACCUGCCCCGGCUUUAUACCUGACACUACCAUUGAGCCUAGCACUGAGGAACCGGAGUAUGACAACACGACAUCGUCUCUACCAUCGUGGCCGACGUCCACCGUCCUGCCGCACGUCGCCGACGAGAACGACUCCCUCCCUACUGCGUGUCUCUACAAUAGAGUCAUAUUUAGCAAGAACUUCUCGUACUAUGUACAGGAGUGUUUGGGUCCGAGCCCGCCGGCCACGUUCCUGUGCACGGCGCGCGGCGCGCGGCGCGCGGUGCUGUGGGACGGCGCGCCGCUGCGGCAGAAGUUCGCCGCGCUCGCCGCGCCGCAGUCCAAGGUGUUUAGAGUUGAGGUGCAAGCUCACAGAGAAGCGCGCGUGCGACUGCUGCUGCCUCCCGGCUUGCGCGAGACUGACGACCUGCCGCUACCAUUAGUCUUACACGUGUCGGCAGAGCCAGGAGGCCAGCUGGUCACGGAGAGAUGGAGACCAGACUGGGGGUGGUACCUCGCCACCGCACGGAACUUCAUCGUGGCGGAGAUAGACGCAAGAGGAUCUGGAGGACAAGGAGAAGAGCUCCGAACAGAAAUAUACCAACGCCUGCUGUCAGUGGAUGUUGAGGACCAGAUAGCUGUACUUUCUUAUUUACGAGAUAAUCUAAAAAUGGUGGAUGGGAGUCGUAUCGGCGCGUGGGGUCACGGGUUCGGGGCCGGAGCGGCGUUAGCGCUGGCCGCGGGCGACGCCAGGAACCUAACAAGAUGUCUAGCGCUCUUGGCACCUCUUGCUGAUCUGCGACAUCAUAAUUCGUACUGGACGGAGCGCCACUCCGGGUACGCGGGCGCGCUGGGCGCGGCGUCGCUGGCGCUGUGGCGGCGCGCCGGCAACCUGCCGCCGCGCCGCCUGCUGCUGGCGCACGCGACCGCCGACCUGCGCGCGCCGCCGCCGCACGCGCUCGCGCUUGCGCGCGCGCUCAUCCGGGCGCAGGCCUUGUACACGCACCAGGUGUACCCAGACGAGGGUCACAACUUCGAGCGCUCUAACCUCCAUGUGCACAAAACUAUGGAGCAGUUCUUCGACGAAUGCUUCGGUCCCGUGGAGUUGGCCGACUGGGACGCGGGAGGGGUCGGGGGAUUAUUCCCCUUUCGCGAC